GGAGAAGUCCUACCAGGAAUCCAACCUACCAGGAAUAAGGACACUGACCUGAAUCGAGAUGGAGAGGGAACCAGCAGAAGAAGACGCCCCUGACCGGCGGCUUUAGUCACGUUUCCAUGCACAGAAUAAUUUUCCAUGUGCCUUAGCUGUGCGAUGUAAAGCCAAGAAAUGGCAGAGAGUGGAACCGAUGGGGAGAGAAGAAGUAAGGAUAAAGGGGGAGGAGGUGGCAAACCUCUCCAGGAGGGUCUCUCCCCCGCUGCUGGGAACAAGAGGCACCUUCCUCGAGGGAUAGUGAUCCAGCUGACUGGAACGGAGGGAGACUGGGACAGUCUGGAUGACAGUGAGCUCAUCUUCUCCCUCGACCACGAUGAAGACUACCCCUCCAUCUCUCUCUCUAAGGAGAGGCAGCUUUCUGUGGAGGAUGAUAGAAGGUUGCAGUCCCAAGCAUUUCAUGUCCCCCUCUCGCCCUCGUCCCCUGGCUCCUUGGGCAACUGCUCAGUCCCCAGCUUUCUCUCCCCGGGCCCGUCAUCACCCACCCACCGCCCCCUCGCCAGCCUGGUCAAGUCGCUCUCCACGGAGCUGGAGCUCAAAGAAGGCUCCACGCUGAGACCCAAGCCCCUUCUUAGCCUAGUGAAGUCCAUCUCCACGGAGAUCUCCCGCUCCGAGCCAGAGGUGUCGCAGUCCAAGUCAGACUCCCGCCUCAACCUCCACUUGUGGAAGCAGCUCACCCAAUCAAAGACCCGCAGCAACGGGGACUCCCGCACCGCGCCCCCGUCUCCGAGCUCACUCUCCCCCAGCGGAGAGAGCCUGAGAGGGGGCUUCUUCAAAAUGGAGUUAGAGGACACAAAGAGGAAGCUGUCGGAGGCCGUGCACGAGCCUCUUAGCAGCAUGUUUAGCAAGAUCAUGAGGGAGGAGAGUGCAGGGAGCCCAAAAAUCCAGAGUAAGAGCUCCAAAGGUUUAAGGCGAGACGGGAGUACGGACACAGUUCUCUCAGAGUCUCCUGUGAGGAAAAAGGCAGAUGCAGAUGUUUCUUCUGUUUUUGACUGGCCUCCUGUCAGACAGCCAAGAAGAAGCCAGCGCAGCUCCUGCCCCAUGCAUCACAACAGACAACUUCACAGGGAGACGGAGCUGGAAAUAUGUACAGACGGUGACAUGAUGCAAGUAUUCGCCACAGAGAGGUCACCUCCCCUCACAGCGCCUUUGGUCAGGACUCCUCCCCUUCCUCAGCCCCCUCACCCCCUGCCACGCAUGAGUUUAUUCUGUGUGGCGGUACUGUCCUACGCCUACUUCAUCCUCCCUCUCAGUCCGUACCUCUCUGGCUUGGCUCUAGGAUUAGCACUAGGCUUCCUGCUUGGACUGUUGCUCAUCAGGAUGGGCUCCCCGAGGUCUCGCCGCUCAGAGUUCCCACGCAAGGUAGCACACACUCUGCUGGGAGAGGAGAUCCUGGCAGGUGGCUCUUUCUGCACUCAGCCUGACACACUCAAGGGCUGGAUGAACGAGACGCAUGAUUACGACCCAGAAACCUCCCAUCCAGCUCUGACUCACUCAGUGUUCGCCACCCUGGAGGGCUCCUGUCUCCGUCUGGACUCCCCACGUAACAACAUCAGCCGCAGGGCCACAUACGACGAGAGAGUCCACGAUGCCACCUUCAUCAAGUCCCGCUUCUUUCAGCUCACAAACAGCAAAGUAUUCCUGCUGCCAUCUGCGCUCGCUCGCAAGAGGAUGUGGAACCCAAAGUAUCCCAUCUGCAUCCAACUGUCCAGGGAAGCGAACUCACAGGAGGAUGAGGGAGGAGAGGAGCCAGGAGCUGAACCGGCAAGUCCACAGCAGAGUUCAUCCAAAUACGUCUAUGACCUUCCCACCACUCUUUACGUCUUUGGCCGCACAGGAAGAGAGAAAGAAGAGUGGUUUCGUCACUUCCUGCAUGCAUCAAUGGAUACAGAGAGGGAACAAGAGGGAGACAGACAGCAGCCUGGCAGAUGUGUGUCCAGAUCGGGUGAUCCAGCUUUUGCACAGAGUGUCAGUGGCCAAGGUAACGUGCCGAGCAGCAGGGGCUCCAGCAGAGUGGGCAGCAGUGACGAUGACACCCCCUUCACACCUCCAGCCCCAUGCAUCCCUGCAGCUCCUGUAAGUCAGACCUCCAGUAGCACCAGGGGCCCUUCCCUGCUGGACUACCCUGGAUACAUGGCUCGUCUAGUGGCCACAGAGGAUCUGACGCCCCUCUCCAGUCCUGGAGCUGGCAGCACAGAGACAAGCCCCACUAUCAAAGGAAAUUGUACCUGUGAUUUGGCAGAGCACUCUGGGACAAGCCAGACUGACUGGGCUAAUGCUCUAAUUGGCCGAAUCUUCUGGGACUUCCUGCGAGAGAGGCACUGGGCCGAUGCUGUUUCCCACAAGAUCCAGAAGAAGCUGAGCAAAAUCAGACUGCCUUACUUUAUGAAUGAGCUGACUCUGACUGACUUGGAUAUGGGCUGCUCGAUGCCGCAAAUCACCUCUACCUCCAGACCAGAGGUCAACCACAGAGGCCUGUGGGUGGAGCUGCAGCUGGUCUACACUGGUGCCCUGCAGAUGACCCUGCAGACAAAGUUCAACUUGUCCAAACUGGGGAAAGAGGGCAGUCAGGAUGCAGACUGUGCCACCGAAACUGGUAGCCCACGUUGCAAGCCUAUCUUCAGUGUGUUGGCGGACAGCGAUGAAGAGUCCUCCAGCGCUGGUUCAUCUGACGAGGAGGAGCUGCUUCUUUCUGAGCCUCAGGGUCCAGUCGGGGAGAAGGGAUCCACAUCAGCUACUGACGGGACGGGGGGUGGAAAGACUGGAAAGAAGAUUUUGAGAUUUGUGGACAAAAUUGCUAAAUCCAAAUAUUUCCAGAAGGCAACAGAGAAUGAGUUCAUUAAAAAGAAGUUUGAGGAGAUGUCCAACACGCCACUGCUGCUUACUGUGGAGGUUCAGGAGCUGUCAGGAUCGCUGGUCGUCAACAUCCCACCGCCUCCUACGGACAGGAUAUGGUACAGUUUCUGCGUCCCCCCUAAGCUAGAUCUGCACGUCCGUCCCAAACUUGGAGAGAGGGAGGUGACUUUCUGUCACGUGACUGAGUGGAUUGAAAAGAAACUGCAGGAUGAGUUCCAGAAAGUGUUUGUGCUGCCAAAUAUGGACGACAUCUACAUUCCCCUGAUGCAUUCUGGGAUGGACGGCCCUCAGACUGCUCAGCACCUGUCUGCUCAGUCACAGCGGUCCCACAGCUCGUCCACAGAGUCCAUAGAGAGGAUCCCACCUGAGAUCUGUGAGGCUGAGAUGGAUUAGUGCCUCACUGUUGAUCCUGGAAGAUUCAUGAUGUUAAAAAAAAUCACAAUGAGAAGAAUAAGAGCAUUAAGUUUCAGACUCACUAACCAGAGGUUUUCUGUCUGAGCCAGGAGUCUCUUAACGUCCUAGCGCUGCACAAGUGAUACCUUUUGCAAAUGUUUACAUGUGAAGGAUCCUUAUGAGAUUAUAUUUGUGACAUUUACAGCUCAAUGUCACUUCAGAUAAAACGUGAU